AAAGCACCGCACACCACACAGUGUAACAUUACACUGUGUUCAUUAAUUGUAGAUUGUUGCGUUGACUGCCUUUUGUUUUCUUAUUUUAGAUGGGAUAUGUCCAAACCUGACACACACUACCACAGCAACCCCAUGUGCCUUACCCUGGCUCAAGUAACAGAGUAUGUUGAAAAUGGGAAGAAGGAAUUCUGCUGUAUAAAUCAACCUCUGCUAAACAUUCCCCUAGACCACAUUGUGCUGGAUGAGCUACACCUUCUUUUGAGGAUCACAGAUGUUCCAAUGAAUAAUCUAAUUGAAGAUGCCAUCGAACGGGGUGACAAGGAAAGCAUACUAAUGGCACAAAGGAGGGAAAAGCUUGAGCGAGAGAAACAUCUUCGAAAAUUGGCAGAGACCAUAAACAGCUGUGGAUUGACUUUUAAUGUAUGGGAAAAGAAAAAUGCUGAUGGAAAGGGUUCUGGGACAGUGGAUUGGACAAGUUUAAUGGGGUAUGAAAAACGGAAGCUUCUCAAGCUCUUGCCAGAUAAAUUGGUAGAGCAAACGGAUGGAAUCCAUCAGGGUACAGCAUCCACUGUUAUAAAAAUCUGGAGG